AUGUCAAAAAGUGUUUGCACGGGACUAGUUGGAAUUGGUCCCAAGUUGAAGCAAAUUAAAUCACUGUUGUGCAUUGGUGGCCAACAUCAUACUCGCAGGAUAGGAAUAUGGGGAAUGGGUGGUAUAGGCAAAACUGUUCUUGCCGAAGCUAUUUACAAUGAAGUCUCUGCUCAGUUCGAAAGUUUCUGCUUCCUUGCAAAUGUUAGAGAAGAGUGGCAGAAAUAUGGUGCAAUCACUCUAAGUAAUCAACUUCUUUCCAAAAUAUUAGAGGAUGAAAACCUCCAUAUAAGCAGUCCUAGAAUAGGAACAUCCAAAUUCACCAUGGACAGAGUUUGCCGUAAAAGAGUUCUUGUUGUUCUUGAUGAUGUCAGUGAUUUAGACCAACUAGAAAGUUUAAUCGUCUGUUCUGAUCACUUGGGUUUCGGAAGUAGGAUCAUCGUGACAUCUAGAGAUAAACAAGUCCUUGAAAAUGUGGUUAAUGUAAUUUAUGAGGUUAAGGAAUUGAAUUACCAUGACUCCCUUCAACUAUUUUCUCAAUAUGCAUUUAAGCUAAUCCAUCCUAUUGAUGGUUUUGGGCAUCUAUCAAAAAAGAUUGUGGAACAUGUUAAUGGCAUUCCACUUGCCCUUAAAGUCUUGGGCCAGGCACCGUAUAAGAAGAACAUAGAGCACUGGCAGAGUCAUCUAAAUAAACUAAAACAAGUUCCCAACGAAAAAGUCCAUAGUUUGCUGAAGAUUAGUUUUGAUGGAUUAGAUUAUGAUGAGAAAAAUAUAUUUCUUGAUAUUGAAUGCUUCUUUAAAGGAUUUGAUAAAGAAGCAACGGUAGAUAUACUCGACGGUUGUUAUCAUCACGCUGCUCUUUGUGGAAUAAACAACCUCAUCGACAAGUCCCUCUUAAAUAUUACAGAAGACAAUAGACUGUGGAUGCAUGAUUUGCUACAGGAGAUGGGUUGGAAAAUCAUUUGCGAGGACCCUAUUGAAAGAUGUAGUAGACUAUGGAAGCGUGAGGAUGUUUAUCAUGGAACUGAAGCAACUAAAGGGAUAUUCUUAGAUUUUUCCCAAAUUUGUGAGGUACAGUUAUCUCCAAAGGUCUUUUCAAGGAUGUCCAAUCUAAGAUUUCUGAAGUUCCAUAAUUCUCGAAAGGGAGUGCUUAAGCUCUCUCGGCGUGGUCUUAAAUGUAUUUCGGAUCGUUUAAUGUAUCUUUAUUGGAAGAGCUGUCCAUUGGCGUUUUUGCCAUCAAAUUUUAGGCCAGAGCACCUUGUUGAAUUAAGAUUACCUGGUAGCAACAUUGAACAACUUUGGAAUGGAAUGCAGGUAUGCUUUAAUUAUAGUAAUUAUUUAGUAUUUUCAAAAACAUUUUCCUAUUUUUAUAAAUUCCCUGAGCUCCCACUGCAUAUGACGUGCUUGGUUUUAGCUAGGUCAGCCAUUGAGGAACUGCCUGAGUCCACAAAGUAUCUUGACCAACUUGUGCAUUUGGAUUUAAGUUUCUCAUGGGUUAAACAUCUCCCCAGCACUAUUUGGAGCAGUCUCAAUAAACUUGCUUAUUUAAACAUGAGUGGAACAAGGAUUCAAAAUCUUCCGAGCACCAUUCUCAAGUCAGAUGCCCUGGAAACUAUCUGCCUCUCUGAUUGUCCAAACAUAACCAGCUUUGCAAACGUUCCAGAGAACAUAAAAUACUUAUAUUUGGCCAACACUCCAAUAGAAGAAGUGCCAUCAUCAGCUGCAAGGCUUAAAAAUCUUCACGAGUUGAGUAUGACGAACUGCAGAAGGCUGAAAACCUUCUCAACUAGCAUUUGUAUGUUGAAGUCUCUUCAUAAACUUGAUCUCUCAGGUUGUUCAAAUCUGGACAAUUUCAAAGAAACCAAGAUUCCCCUGUUGGAUGACUAUAUUACAUCGGUGGAUGAUAUAAGGAACCUGAGUAUCCGUAGCGGCUUUCGCAAUUUGGGCUCCUUAACGUCUCUAGAUGUAAGUGGGUCAAAUAUAGUGGAAAUUCCUGUGAGCAUCAAAUAGCUUCCUAAUCUCUAUUAUCUUUGUUUAAGGGAUUGCAAGAGCCUUAAAUCGUUGAUAGAGCUUCCACCUCAUCUGCUACAAUUAGAUGCACAUGGAUGCACUUCAUUAGAAAGGGCAUCGAUCACACAACAGUUUCGACACACAUUUUAUGAAGACAACGCUCGCUUCGACAAAAUGCGAUUCGUUAAUUGCUUCAACUUGGACCGAGAUGCAGUCGACAACAUUCUGGCUAACGCACUGCUCAAAAUUCACUGCAUGGCAAAGGAACGGGCAAAGGGAUGUUACGAAAGACCAAUUCAUCAUUAUCUUGAUAUAGUUGUCGCUUGUUCUGAAAGUUUGGAAAGGUUCGAGUAUCAAAGCACGAAUUCUUCAAUAACUGUCAAGCUGUCUCCAGAUUGCAAGAGUGAUAGAAUCUUGGGUUUUGCUCUAUGUGUUGUGGUUGAUUUCGACAACAAUCAUGAAAACAUGGACACUCGAAUUUUCUGUAAAUUUCAGUUAAAAACCAAAUGGGGCGAUUACCAUAAUUUCGAAAGUGAAUGGGCUUCUCGGAUUAUGCUUCGAGAUGAGCAUUACGACGAAGCCUUGUUUGAAUUCUACAUAACAGAUGAAUACUGUGGGAACACUCUAGAUUAUAUCAAGGUGGAGAAAUGUGGUGUUCAUGUGUUCUAUGUGGAUGCAGAAAGAUGUACUACUGGCUCUGUUUUCAAAUCCAGCGAAAUUCAGCUUUAA